AUGGUGCGCAAGCUCAAGCAUCAUGAGCAGAAGCUCUUGAAGAAGGUCGACUUCAACACGUACAAGAGCGACAAUGAUCACCGAGAAGCUGCGGUCAUGCGCCGCUAUGCGAUCCAAGGGCGUGACGACUACCGAAAAUACAACCAGCUCGCGGGCUCAUUGCGACAGCUCGCGCACAAGAUUGCCGCCCUCGACCCAGCCGACCCCUUCAGAAGGAAACAUGAAGACCUGAUGCUCGAGAAGCUGUGGGACAUGGGCAUCCUCGGCACCGGCGGUGGAGGCAGGGGCAAGCUGAGCGACAUUGAGCACAAGGUCACUGUGUCUGCUUUUGCGCGGAGAAGGCUGCCUGUCGUCAUGACACGCUUGCGCAUGGCCGACCACAUCCAAGCCGCGACGACGCUGAUCGAGCAAGGCCAUGUCCGAGUGGGAACAGAUGUCAUUACCGACCCCGCAUACCUUGUCACCAGGAACAUGGAGGAUUUCGUGACAUGGAUCGACUCGUCCAAGAUCAAGCGCAAUAUUAUGAAAUACCGCGACAAGCUCGACGAUUUUGAACUCGAGGCUUUGUGA